GUGGGAGCGGCUGAAGGGUGUGUGCGCUGGCGUGAAGCACUCUUCCCCUCCUGCGAGUGCGCGCGCUCACUCGCUCGCUCGCUCGCUCGCUCGCCGCUGUGUCUCCCCGGGCAGGCGAGGAAAAGCAAGAGGAAAAAGUUCCAGGCAAAGUCACAGUCGACCGCUCGCUUCUACCGCCGCACGCGCACGCACGCACGCACGCACGCACGCACGCACACACCGGAGCCGCCACUCGUGGCAGAGCGACGCCAGGGACGCUGCCGCACACCUUCGCUCCAGACGCCCAGAUGUGCCGCCCGUGGAUGCUCCUCCUGGGGGUCACCUUUGGAUUACUGGCCUCCUCCGCCUCGCAGCCGCUCAAAGUGAAUUCCCGCAGCUGCAGUUAUGCCGGGGUCUUUCUGGUCGAGGGGGAGACGCGGCACAGCCUCAACUUCGAGAAGGCCAAGCAGCUGUGUGAGCAGCUAAACAGCACCAUGGCAAGUCCAGAGAAAGUUGAGGAGGCCUUUAACCAUAGCAUGGAGACCUGCAGGAACGGCUGGAUCAGCAAUAUGAGCUAUGCCAUCCUCAGACACAAACCCCAUCAAAACUGUGCCCAGAACAUGACUGGGUUUUUAACUUAUCUGCCACCAAACCUUAAGAAUCAAUAUGAUGCAUACUGCUAUGAUAAAAAUGCUGGUCCAGGGGAGGACUGUUCCAAGGCAUUCAACCUAGAAUUACAGGGAGCAGCAGCUCAAGGUCAGACCACUACAACAGAACAGCCUGGCGGUGGUUUGGGCACAGACUCCACGUUAGACGCUCAUCAGAACACGACAGACACCCAUCUCCUAGCCGUUCCCACCAAUGCCAGUUCAGUGGACACAGAGGAGCCCACCGCAGGCCUAGCAGAGGAGGACACCACCGUAGGAGAGUCCACGACCCGCGAAGUCUACACACUCAGCCCCGAUGCUGGUUCUGGGAUGCAGACGGAGGACAAAUCCCCUGACGAAGAGCAGCCCAAAGUACCAGCCACCAGUGACACCAAGCAGCAGCCUGACACAAGUGAGGCUUCUGGAGGAAGUGUCUCAACGCAGUCUCCACAUGAACGCAAAGGCAAGGGACUGAUUGUCGGCACUGAGCAGGAGAAAGAAAACAACGAAUCCUCAACAAAUUGGGUGGUGAUACUUCUAACGAUACUAGCGGUCGCUUGCAUUAUCCUCGUAUGUGCAUUAGUCGUCAAAAGGAAAAGCUUGUUCGGCAAACGGCAGACGCUGAUGAUCACCUCCAAGGAGAGCGGCGAAGGCAACGGCGCGGCGGCGGCGUCCAGCUCGCACGCCCAGGAGAGGGAGCAGGAGAUGGUGACCCUCAUGAACAAGGAGAAGAUCCAGGAGAACGGCAACACGGAGGAGUUCACCGUCAUCACGCUGGGGGAGUCGCCGGACAAGGAGCAGCAGGCGUGAGGGAGGAGAGGCGGAGGGGGGGGGGGGUGAAUAGGCAGGAGAGUGGGGGGUGUUUCCUCUCAGUGGGACUGGGUGGAGACAUACUGUAUGCACAAUGCUGCAUGUGUGUGUGUGUGUGUGUGUGUGUGUGUGUGUGUACUUUGUCUCAGUGAGGUUGUCUGUAUGAUGCUAGCGGGGUGGGGGGGGGGGUGGAUGGUGUGAGCGUACUGGUUAAAUAUUGUUCUCUUUUUAUAAUAAUUGGGCAAUCACAACCUACAGGUCCCUUUCCGCCUACAAUAAGUUAUAACUCAUUGAUGAGAACAAUCACGAGCUCUUUUGUUCUGGAUGUUGCAGACAAAAAAAAAAAGGAAAGAUACUGAAAGAAGCAACAACACAACUUGGUGUUUUCCGUGUAUUAUAUGUUUGCUUUUGUAACCUGGUGUAUAUUUCGGACGUCGCCCGGGGACCAGACGCUGGUUUACCCAUUUUCAGUAAAACGGGGGAUGUCACUACUUUACCGUAAUUUAUGCAGCUUUGAUUCCCUUUUUCUUGGCCUCUGUAUAUAAAGUCUUCAUUUUUGGAAAUGCCUUAGCAAUAGCUGCCAUGCUUUGUUUUCGUUAGUCGGUAGCAACGAGGGUUUGAACCCUUUAAGAUCAUGGAAUGUGUCAUUUUUAAGAGCUAUUUGAAUAGAAGCAGUACCUUUGAGGUAAGCUGUUGUGUGUGAAUCAACCUGAUGUACAGCAUCUAAAAUGGCAUCACAUGCACCACUGAAGCCUCUUAUACCAGAGCGAGUUAGGAAUGUGAUGGAGCAAAGCUUUGUCUGUUAUUAUCUUGAGGAUAAACAGAAGAACAUUCAUGCACAAAAGAAUUGGAUUGUAUUUAUAGCAGAUUUUUUUUGGGGGGGGGGGUUGUUAGCUUUAGCUGUUGGACUAAAUCCUUAAUAUGCUAAUCGGGGCCCAUGUGCUGUAAACACAUAGCAAUGUGAACUAGUGGUCUGUGUCAUGAGUGGAACUCGCCCAGGCCUUCAGUGAACCAGUCACUCUGUGCAUUCAAACGUGUAAAAUGCUGCAGUUUUUCUACUUCUUCUAUCGAGUGUCAUGCGUCGUGCGUCGUGUCAUAUCCACACUCUUCACACCGUCUCUAGUGGCGACAGCUAAUUUUCAUUGAUUUUCCAGUUUAAAGCAGAAUUAUAUUUAACGACUGCGAACGAACCUUUCCUUGUUUUUGACUUGUUCCAGGAGCCGUAGCAGAUAUACAGUAGUCGCGUAGGCAGGUUUUAUGACGAUUUAACAAAAGAUGUCGCUGAAAAAAGUCUUUGUAAAGUCUUGGAGAAAAUAAAUGUGUACAGAAAGAGAAACGUGUAGGAUGUGGUGAUUGCUGCGCACGAGGGGAGAUGAGCUGGAUGCCGGCGGAGGAAGUGGGGUUACCAUGGCGCUGGGGCCGUGAUGCAGGAGCAUGUUACCGUCGGAAACAAAGGCUGAUCUGCCACCCUUGUGUGUGUAUUAUACACUCAGCCAGGACUCAGCCUAUUCAUCUGGUUUAUACUUUGCUGUAUUUACUGCAGAGCAACAGUUUCACAAUCGUUUGAAUUAAAAAUACUUUCAUUUAAAUAAGA